AUGAACGGCGACACUUACUCUUCCAGAGAUUCUGGAAGAUCAAGGGAUUACUACAGGGAUGAGCGCAGGGACCGCGGUGACCGUGGAGAUCGCGAUAGAGGGGAGCGGAGACGGUCGAGGUCUCCUCACCUUAGUUCCAGAAGUUCGCGGCGUGACGAAGCCGACACGUACUCAUCCAGCCGUGACUAUCGAGCGAGGGAACGUGAAGACCGUUACUCCAGCCGAAGAGACGACCGAGACUGGGACCGUGACCGAGAACGAGACAGAGAACGAGACCGUGACCGUGACCGUGACCGCGACCGCGAUCGCGACCGGGAUCGCCGGCGUCGGGACUAUGACUCUGAACGGUCUCGCCGUGACAGGGACCGUGACAGAGACAGAGAUCUUUUCGAUGACAGACCUCGGCGCAGGGAUCGCGACGGACGGGACCGCCGGAGGAGCAUAACGCCUCCAUCUCGAAGGAGGGAGCCCACACCUGAUUUGACAGAUGUCGUUCCCAUCCUGGAGAGAAAACGGCGGCUGACCCAGUGGGAUAUCAAGCCGCCUGGGUACGAAAAUGUCACUGCUGAGCAGGCUAAACUUUCUGGCAAGUCUUUGGUCAUUCUUAGGGAUCUUCCCGCUGGAACGGCAGACAACUCUGCUCUCAAACCGGCCAACUCCCGCCAGGCCCGGCGGCUGUUCGUGUAUAAUCUCCCUCCUAAUGUCACAGAAGAGAGUCUUGUUUCAUUCUUCAAUUUACAGCUCAAUGGCCUCAAUGUCAUUAAGGGGGUUGAUCCAUGCGUAUCCGCACAGAUGUCCAAGGAUCGUUCUUUUGCUAUGUUGGAAUUCAAGACGCCAUCAGAUGCGACUGUCGCACUCGCCUUUGACGGAGCCACAAUGGAGGAGCAUGAGGCGACGGAUGGGGCAGCUAAUGGCGAACCUAAGGGUCUCGAACUGCGUAGGCCCAAGGACUACAUCGUCCCUGCUUCCACCGAUCAGGAAUAUCAAGAAGGCGUCAUUCUGAACGAGGUACCUGAUUCGCCUAACAAGAUAUGUGUGACGAACAUCCCGCUCUAUAUCCCGGAAGAGCCUGUUACUAUGCUAUUGAAGUCUUUCGGAGAGCUCAAGUCAUUUGUUCUUGUCAAGGACAGUGGGACAGAGGAGUCGCGAGGCAUUGCAUUCUGCGAAUAUGCCGAUCCGUCUGCAACUAGCAUUGCCGUGGAAGGUCUGAAUGGGAUGGAGCUCGGUGACAAGCAUUUGAAGGUUACUCGGGCGAGUAUCGGUGCCACUCAGGCCGCCGGUCUCGAUAUGGGAGUCAACGCCAUGUCGAUGUUUGCCAAGACGACAUCUCAAGAUCUCGAGACGAGUCGUGUUCUGCAGCUCUUGAACAUGGUGACCCCUGAGGAACUUAUGAAUAACGAUGAUUACGAAGAAAUUCGUGAGGAUGUGCAGGAUGAAUGUAACAAGUACGGACAAGUUCUUGAGCUCAAGAUCCCGCGCCCGACGGGCGGAAGCAGACAGUCUCCGGGUGUGGGCAAAAUCUACGUCAAGUUUGAUAGCGUCGAAUCUGCGACGAAAGCGUUGAAGGCACUGGCAGGGAGGAAGUUCUCUGAUCGGACGGUCGUGACGACAUAUUUCUCAGAGGUAAGCCUGAAAUCAGGUGUCUAG